CUCACUGCCAGCUCUGUGGCUGAUCAGUAGACCGAAUAGGACGUCAAUUCUCGAUCGGUGCAUGCUCGGUUGGCAUUUAGAGGAUAGCAUUAUUUGUAGCGUGGCGCCAUCUUUUCUGAGUAAAUUAUCGGAAUGUGGAACGUAAUUGCCGACCUACGGACAGCAGUCAUCGCUGGCGUGGCUGCCGUCCUGUUCCUCCUGUGGCUGGCCCAUCGACAGCCCAGAAACAUUCCCCCUGGACCGAGGGGUUGGCCGCUACUGGGCUACUUGCCCAAACUUAUUUUGAGUGACGACGUACCCGUCACCCUCACCAAGGAGGCCCAACGGUAUGGCGAGGUGAUGAGCGUCAACCUCGCUGGUCAGUUGGUCGUGGUGUUGACCAGUCCUAGAGCUGUGAAGGAGGCAUUCUACAACCCUGAUGUCAGUUCCAGGCCAUACAAUAAUCUAUAUCACACGUUGGUGCCCAACGGAAAAGGUGUUGCAACAUGCUCUGGUCAGGAUUGGUCUGUGCAAAGAAAGUUCUGCCAGUCAAUGUUUAACAGUUUCGGCAUCGGGAAAUCAAGUUUCGAAGACAGCAUCACUACGGAAGCAGCAAGUCUUGUCAAGGAGAUGCGAUCUUACAAGGAGCGUCCCUUCAACCCAACCGCCCUUUUCUGCAAUGCUGUCUCAAAUAUCACCUGUUCGGUGACCUUCGGUAAGAGAUUCGAGUACUCGGAUCCACGAUUUCAGAAGCUGCUGGCCUCCUUGAUCCGAGUGUUUGAAGUAAUGGGCUCCGGAGGGGCUGUGCAGUUCUUACCCAUCGCUCAGAAGCUGACGUUUCUCCCCAGCUACAAGGAGCUCUUGAGCCGCGUUGGCUCAAUCAUGAAGUUCAUUCGAGGAGAAGUUGAGGCCCAUCGUCGAGACUUUGACCCGGAUAAUUGCUUGGAUUUCAUCGAUACCUACCUGAACAAGAUCCGGAGUCAGAGUGGUGCUGAUGCUACAUCUCCGCUCAAUCCAGACAACUUACUCGUCACGAUUUUUGAGCUGUUCAUGGCUGGCUCGGAUACUACCUCUUGCAGUCUCAGAUGGGCCUUGCUGUUCAUGAUGGCUCAUCCGGAAGUCCAGGCUGGGGUGCAGCAAGAGCUCGAUGACGUCGUUGGUCGGAACCGUCUACCGCGUCUCAGCGACCUUCCAAAUUUGCCUUACACGGAGUCCACUAUACUGGAGAUACUUCGCGUGAGGGUAAUAGCACCACUCCCUAUGCCUCACCGCGCAUCGAAACAAACGCAGAUUCUCGGUUACCACAUCCCAAAAGAUACGUUAGUCAUUGAGAACCUCUGGGCUCUUUGCAGAAAAGAAAGUGUCUGGAAAGAUGCAGACACGUUUGACCCCAGCCGAUUCUUGAAGGAUGGCAAAGUCUCGUCCCUUCGAGAGAAACUUUCGGUCUUCGGUAUCGGUCGUCGGGCAUGUUUCGGGGAGAAGUUGGCGCGGAUGGAGUUGUUCAUCUUCUUCUCUUUCCUCCUGCAUCAGUUCACCUUCAAGAAACCCGAGGGGGCCCCGCCCAUCACCCUGAAGUCUACCAAUGGUUUUGUUGUGGCCCCACUACCUUACCAGACCUGUGCGGUGUCACGAGACUAGAUCGGCACUGAAACCAUUGUAUAUCAAGAGAAGCACAUUGCUACCGCUAGCCUGAGAGCGUUGAUUUGCAUAGUUCAGGUAUACGUUUCCACUUUUCCAUACAAUUCAUGGUUUUUGUGGUUUUUCGUAUCUGGCAUUCAACACAGCUGUUGGUUACAGUGUGGUGCUAAAAGAGUAACGAAUACACACACAAAUCGCUAAAUAGGAAUACAUUUGCUUAUCAUUAUUUACCUCUGUAAAAUUGGAGACUCAAAUGGAAAGACUCUUAUACUUCUCCAGCAUACAACCUUUAAUAUCGAAUUUAAUGUUUUGUAGAAAUGUAAAUCCACUUGCAAGAAGCUAUACAGUUUUCAAUGUUUGAUUACAUGUGUAUUCAAUUUUUGGAAGAGACACAUAUUAAGACCGCCUCCCAUGCUGUAAUAAACAUUAACCUAUUAACCUUACAUUCUGUGUAUAAUUGAAUCUGUUUUGUCUGGUUACUCAAAGAGUGAAACUGCUUUUUAUGCGUAUGAGCGAAGUGAAGCAGCAUGGAAGGGGAAUAUUGCGAUAGUGUAUUCCUUCUGGGUUGCAUCCACCCAGACUGAGAACUUUGGGGUGUGUGUGUGUGGCAGGGCCCAGUUUUAGUUGUAUAUUUUCAUGUAUUUAAUGUAUAGUGUAUUAAAUAGGAGUAGCUCCCCUUAGAAAAAGAAAUCAUUUUAGUUACUCAAGAUUCCCCCCCCCCUUUUUGUUGGUAGUGUGUCCCCCUGUUUGUUUACUUUAGCCCACAUGUUCCCCCUAUAUAAGCUGCCACAUGGUCAAGCCACAAUUCAGUCCAUCCAGCAGACCAGCAGAGACAAGUCAUUCAUGCAUAUAUAUUUUCCUCCUAACUGGAGUGCUGUCCUGAUUGGGUUCAAGUCUGUUGUUGGAGUCAUUGACUUUAUUCCUGCUUGAGUGUCUUUUAAAAGAUCCACUAUUCACACUGUGUUGGUUUUUAACUUGGUUUUAUCAUUGGUUUUAGAUUUUAUGUUUUAAGUCUCAAUUUCUUGGUUUAAGAUUUUUGUAAAUAAAUUCUUUUUGUCUUUGUUGUUCUAAAUCUAGAAUUCGUCUCUGGUCUCUAUUAAUUCAAUUAGAGAUCUUCGAAAUACUGCAUCGACGCGUCACGCACACAUUUUUAUAAAGUAUGACAUUUUUAAAAGUUGGUAUAUAGAGCCAACGUGCCUUUUACAAAAUUUGAAUUUUCUUUUCCGAACGAAAUAUGAAGGAACUAUUAUGUCCUGUAACAAAUAAAUUUGCUUGUUUGAGUUUGCAGGCCUUUACUCAGAUUUGAAAGUUGGCUUUAACUGACGCGCUCCAGUUCUGAAAUUGCUCACAUGUGGCUUUUUUCUUGGCAGGGCCAAGAUUUAGUUGUGAAGUUUUGUCCGAUAGCGAUGUAGUUAAUGUCCAAUAAGUUGGGUUUUUUAAGACAAAUGGAUGAAUUCACUCUGUGUUCAGGAAAGUUUGAGUUCUGUGUUCAGGUCAGGUCAGGACAAGGUUAAGAAUUAAGUUUUACUGCUCUGUGGCAACUUAACUCAGAAGGUAACAAAUUUAGGAUUUAUAGCUUGAACUCAGAGGGUAUAAGGACAAUUAAGAUUUACUGUUCUACAAAUGGAUGUCAACUUUGAACUCAUGACCUUCCUACUGGUCACGUUCAGGGUGCAGAGUAUAGUUUCAUUGUUUACAGCAUUGGUGUAUUUAGUAGCUCCCCUCGGGAAAAAGAAAUCAUUUAAGUUUCAGUUUAGACCCCCCCCCUUCCCCUAUAUAAUCUGCCACAUAGUUAAGCCUCAUUUAGUACAGCCAGCAGACCAGCAGAGACAACUUCACAUUUACUAUAUGUUCCUCCUACCUGGAGUGUGUUCCUGCUUGAGAUUGUCUGCUUGUCAAGUCAUUGAUUUUCGCCAAAGUGUAUUCUAAGAUCCAUUAAUUCACACUGUGUUGGUUUAAGUUUCUUUUUAAGUUGGUUUUUUAGGUUUUGGUCUUUAACAUGGUUUUAUCAUUGGUUUAAGUUGGUUUUAAGGUUUAUGUCUUUGGUUUUUUAGGUUUAAGUUUUUGGUCUUCAUCUUUAGUUUUGAUUUUAUGGUAUCGGUUAUUGGUCUUUGAUUUGAAGUUCUUGUAAAUAAAUCCUUUUUGUCUUUUUUGGGGGUUUAAAAUCUA